AAUACCUGUAGUCAGUUUUGUUUUUUGUUGCUCUUUCAUAGAAAUUUGCAAAUGUUAAUACUACAGUAGAGGUUAAUAUACAUCUAAAUGUAUGAAAAAGUGUUUGAGAUCUACUUAAGUAAAUAUAUUGAAAGUAUACAAAAUGUUAUCAGCAGAAUAAAGUGUGAGGAUUAAAUAUGAGUUGAAUCAAAUAAAUGCGGUGAAGUAAUUUUUAGAAAGGCCAGCAAUUUUAAUGGCAUUUGGAAAUUACUCGGUUAAAUGCACAAAGGAUAUAUGUGCAUUAAAAGGAUUAUAAAUAUUAGAAAAGUCACUCAAUUUCGGAUUUCAUUACGGCCUUACCUAUGCAUUGGUAUUACAACUUUUUGGUGCGACGGCCUUAUCUAAUGGUCCUGGCCGUGGCCAUUUUAUGUAUAGCUUGCAUCACUGUAUCCGUGACCAUGAAUUCGGUACCAGAUUUUAGUGAUCCCACGUUGGGUUUUGAAACACGAGGUACAGCGUUAGGAAAACGUCUGAGCGCUUGGAAUAAUUUAAUACAGGAGACUGGACCCUCUGGUAGUCUGGUGACAGACCCAAAUGAUUUGCUGUUUUACAAUAAUAAUAACUACCAUCAUUUAAAAAAUAUGCGAAAACAUCAACGACACAAUCGAACUCAUAAACGUAAAAAUCGAAAAAAGCCCAAAAACCCAAAACACCAUAAAAAAGAAUUACACCUGAGUAAGAAGAUAAUUUCGUUGCAAAAUCGGUUUAAUAUUACAACUCGCAAGAGUAAUGACACUGACCUUUUACCAACUCAAUGGAAUGGUGAUAGUGGCGUCUUUCGGGAUUAUGAGAUUACAAAUGACUCAUUGUCAAGCUUGGAACAAUUAAAUCGAAGUGAACACUUUGAAUAUGGUCGUAAUACCACAUCGAUUGAUGAAGACUACCACCGAGAAAAGGUGCAGUCUAAAAAGAGUACGUGGAACAUUAUCAAACAAGCUCGAUUUCCGCCAAACGGAAAUACUGGUCCACAUGUUGAAGGUUACUUUUGUGAUUCACCAUCCAAAGAUUACUCCCACUUUGUAGUUGAGCGUAUAGGUCCUAAUGAUACGGAUUCACUUUUCGACCUUAAUGGUUUGCUAGCCAUGUGUCAAUUACAGAAUCAAAUUAUUGCUAUACCAAGUUAUGGUGAAUUUUGUCAAAGAGAAGAACUUACUGACACCUGUUGUCGCCCAUGGUCACUACCCAAUUAUGCUGCACUUCUGGUCAAUAAGAGCUCUUGCUUUGAUUUAAAUACUACGGACGUUGUCAUGCUACAAAAUUUAUUGGUGAUGUGUUUCGAAUAUUAUCACGACCUAAAGUUGAGUAAUGAUUGCAGCGAGUUUAGCCCCUGUCAAGCGCCAAGCGAAUGUACUCACGGAAAUAUUGUUUAUAAUAUUUUACAUUUUUUGACUGAUUACAAUUUCAUUCGUAUGAAUGAUACAACAGUAUUUAUGAAAUAUGCAAUGAUAUUUGUACCUGUAGCAUCUACAUCAAAAAUUCUUCCAUUAUUUCAUGAAUGGGAAGAUACUGAUUUAAAAAAUGAACUUGUUCAAGUAGUGUCAAUGGACUUGGGACUUGAAAACGAACUAUUUAAUGAGUCGUUGCUUACGGACGUUUGGCUGGUCUCAUUAGGCGGCAUCUUCGUUAUGACAUGUAUUUGGUUGUAUACAACGUCGAUUUUCGUUACGUUGAUGGUCUGUGUAGCAGUGCUAUUUUCAUUGGGUUUAGCAUAUUUUGUCUAUACUUUGGUCUUUAAAAUGUCAUUCUUUCCAUACAUGAACUUACUGGCUGUGGUUGUAAUAAUAGGUAUUGGCGCUGACAAUGCAUUUCUUUUUGUAAAGAUUUGGCAAUGCGUUCUAGCAGAGCGUUUCACCAAGUCAGCAAAGUCAACCUCUUCUACUCACGCAACACCAAUUGUUGAGGGCGGAAGUGAGCACACAGAAACUCUACAGCACUUAAUGGCAUCCGCAUUUCAUCAUUCAGCAUUAUCAAUGUUUGUAUCCUCGCUAACUACUGCUACAGCUUUCUUUUCGUCGUAUACUAGCUCCAUAACAGCUAUAAAAUGCUUUGGUGUAUUUGCGGGAACGGUAGCAGUAACCAAUUAUUUACUUAUGAUAACUUGGCUGCCUGCUGUCGUCUGCAUAAUGGAACGUUUAUCUGCUUGUGCAAGCUGCAAUAGUAAACUUCCAAUACAAAAGCUAUUGCUUAUGUUCAAUAAGUCAAUUACAAAGUUCUGUCAUCUAUAUGAGACAGUUAUAACGAAGGCUGUGAUGAAUUAUUCAAUAAUAUGGAUAUGCUUAUUUGGUGCAAUAGGAUUAUGCAGCACAGUUAUUGUAUUGUAUGCGCCUGGGCUGCAGUUGCCGGAUAGCGACCAUUUUCAACUAUUUUCAAGUAGCCAUCCAUUCGAAUUAUAUAAUAGUAAAAUGAAAAAUGAGUUUUGGUUUGAGAAAUCGAUGUCUGCUUAUGAAAAUUUUAAAUUACCAAUGCGCUUCGUUUGGGGUAUACAACCAGUUGAUGAUGGCGACUAUACUGAUCCUUUUUCCCAUGGGAACUUGUAUUAUGACAAUAAUUUUAAUAUAUCUACAAAGGCUGCUCAAGUUUGGUUGCUAGAUUUCUGUAAAAAAAUAAGAAAACAGCCAUUCUACGAAAUUACUUUUGGUUUAUUAUUGCCGAAUUGCUUCAUUGAAAAUUUUAUAUCCUUAAUGGAUCGCAUGUGUAUAGAUGGUAUGGAUAAUACGGAUCGCACACCUUGUUGUGACGUAUCAAAGUUUCCUUUCGAGCCACACGUCUUCGAUAUUUGCUUGCCACAAAGUAUGUCCUCUCUUUACGCUACUCCGCGGGAGUACUACACUCCUGGUGUCGCUGGGCCGAGAUUCUUGGCAGACAGACAAAGCAAUCCACUACUACAAACUCCUAAUGAAAUUUCAGUUAGUAAUACAUCACAACAUAUUACGCUGGCACCACCACAAGUGAAAGCCUUGGUGCUAGAGUUCGAAUCGAAUGUGGCCUACACAACGGCCUACACGGAUGUCAAAAAAUUUGUACAAUCAGUGGAGCUGUGGCUUGCCAACGAGUUGCGUGAGGCUCCGCCUGAAAUGCAGGGCGGUUGGUUUACCAGUGAACUUAAGUUCUUUGACACCCAAAGUACACUUAGUCACGAUACGUUAGUAGCGAUUUCAGUUGCUAUGAGUGCUUCGCUCUUGGUUUUACUUUUGGUUACUUUGAAUGUUUUAGUAUCUUUGUAUGCGGUGAUUACAGUUUUACUUACAAUUUUUACGACGGUAUCAAUACUAAUUUUACUCGGUUGGAAAUUAAAUGUGCUGGAAAGUAUAGCUGUGAGCACUGCCAUUGGAUUGGCAGUCGAUUUCAGUUUACACUACGGUAUACAUUAUCGCAUGUCGCCAACGAAGGAGCGUCUGGCCGCUAGCCAAUUCACCUUAUCACGUAUUGUGGGGCCAACGUCGAUGGCAGCAAUCACUACAGGUGCUGCUGGUGCUUUAAUGCUAGCAUCUAACGUACUGCCAUAUAUACAGAUUGGUUUAUUUUUGGUUAUUGUAAUGGUUGUUAGCUGGUUAUAUGGCACAUUUUUUCUUAUGAGCCUGCUAAAAACGGCUGGUCCACAGUACGGUUUCAUGCAAUUCAGUUACCCAUUAAUGAAUAAAGGAUCAUCGACUACUGGCAAUAAGUACUAUGAAAGAAAACAAAGUCAAGUAAUUGCGAGCGAACAGUUAUUAACACCAUCAAGUUCCGCUGUCGGCGAACUAAUAAACUCGGAAACCCAUGAACUCGAGUCGCUCACAUCGAGUUCAUUAAUUAAAACUAUUUCUGGUACAGAAAGCUCACAUCCACUGAGUGUUGAUUUCGAACAUUCAUUCAAUAAUAAACCCGAUAUUACCAGCGCCAAUUUUUCUACCGUCAACGAUCACAAGAGUCCGUCUAUUGAAAGUCCUGAGUUACAUGUUACAAACUAAGAUACCUAUGCAACUAUUUUUGGUAAACUGUAUACGACCAUAUGCAUACAUACAUAUAUACUAAUAUUAGUGUUUAUAUUAAUUAGAACUUACCAUGCUUAUGCAACUGAAAGCACAAAUUGCAUAUGUACUUACAAAUAAUAUUUACGGGGUAAUGAAUAACAUAUUAAUUGUUUGUUUACUAGCAUUUAAUUGCUAACUUACAUAUUUGAAUCAGUACAGAUUCGCUAAAUAAUUGUAAAACGUAUUAAAAAAAACUUAAUAUGUAGAUUAAAAAUUAAAGAUUUUAUAUCACUAGAACUCCCACGGUGACUGGCUCUUAACUCAAACUGCUACCCAUUUACGUGGUUUAUAUAUCCGGACACUCCUACUACACAGGCAACCCGAGUUAAAUUCCCUAUAUUAUAUCAUGUAGUAUUAUUUAAAUAUUAAAUUAUAAAUUGCGUUGCGUUAUGUAAAUGUAUUACAUAAGGCCUAGUUUUAUAAUGAAAAAAAAAAGCGUUAAGAAGUACAUGUAGUUAGUCUUCCGUUAGCAAUCAUAACCAAAAAAAAUUCAAUUUAGUUCUAUCGAGUUCCUUACUAUUUUACAGCAGCUAACUACUUGAGCUCGCGAGCGAGGCGAGUUUUUCUGCUCCCACAUCUACACAAUACAUCAUUCAGUAGUUGUUGAUCAGACUUCAUGCGAGGACCAAUCACAAAACAGUACACGCACAGUAUGCUACAAUAUGUUUAAAAAUUAGUGACAAAUCGAUUUUUUUUAACUUUGUUUUCUAUGAAAAUUAAAAAAAAAAUAUAUAACAGACAAGCAAUUUAUAUUUGCAUUCGAGAGUUAUUUUAGUGUUCGAAAUAUCUACAUAUGUAUUAACUGUUUCCUCAUUAAAAUUAAAAUAUACUUUUAUACUCGUAACAUGCACAAAACCGUUAGGUUGACGUUGGUCAUAGUCGCUUUACAAUUAAAAAUAAAUUUAGACACAAUUGUAUGGCUUUCGAACUUUUUAGUUCCUACGAAAUUUUGUCUCGCGAUUUUAUUUACAAUAAUUUGUUUCAUUUUUUAAUUUUUAGACUUACUAUUAAUAAUUCGGUUUGCAGUAAGUUAUAGAGAUCAACCCUCAUCUAUCAAUACAUCUACUUGAUACAUCAUGAUUAAUAUUAUUAUUAUUAUAUUAUAUAUAAUAUGUGUAAUGCACAUUCAUAUAUACAUACAUUCAUCCAUGUUUAUAAAUAAAAUAUUAUAGAUACUUCAUGAAACGUAAUUUCAGGCAAAAUUAUAUAACAUAAUUCUUUAUAUGCUAGUUAGUAUAAGCGUUUUAUAUGUCCAAUGUGUGUAGCGUUAAUUAGGAAUAAUUUAAAAUAAAUCAAGUGUUGGAUUGAAUUGUUUCGUUAAUCCACAAUUAUACACUAUGUUACAUUCCUAAAUGUAUAUGAAAUCAUAUGUACAACAAAUUGUUUUGAUGUUAAUGACACAAAAUAUAAUACAUAAUAUAAUCAAGACUACGGAAUGUUGUGAACAAAAGGUGCAAACGUCAAUAUGUAGUAUAUUUAAUUAAUUUACAAUAAUAUAAAUAUUCGAGUAUAGAAAAGCUAAAAACAUAUAGAUAUAUGUAAUGCAGAGUUUAAGUUCAAUGUACUUCCACUGUCAAAAGAAACAAAUAAUAAUAGACGUAUAGUUAACUGUGAUAUGAUAAAAAUAUAGUUUAAUAAACCGUAAUUAUAAUACUUUGAAUUAAAAAUAAUUGAAUUUAUUCCGAAAUGUGUGUAGUUAUGUAUAAAUAUAUAUACAAUAUAUGUAAUAUGAAGUUUUUAAUAAAGAUAGUAUUUAUUAUAAUAA